AUGGAAUAUUUUCGUUACUAUCGUAGUUGGAUGUACAAUAGAACGUUACCAGGCAGACUUGGACUUACACCAAAAUUUGAGGAAGGAGUUAAGGGGUUUAUCACGUGGGCAUUUGCACAAGAAUGUUGUCGACGUGAGGGAGGAGUGAGAUGUCCUUGUCUUAAAUGUGAAUGUAGACCUAUAAUUAGUGAUCCAGAUGAAGUAGAACGUCAUUUGAAGAGGAAGGGUUUCAUUAAAAAUUAUUGGGUUUGGACAUAUAAUGGAGAACAACUGCCGAGUAAUGUACAUGCAGAGACAACUAAUACACACGCAUCAAGCAGUCGAUCACAUAUGGAAUUUGAUGAAUAA